AUGAAAAAUGUUCAAAACAAAGAGGUCAAAGAGCUUGACUGGUCACUCUACUGCAAUAUACUUUAUCAUCUUCAAGAAGGUUAUUAUGGGACAGCUUUGACAAUUUGUGAUGAGGAAUCACAUAAAGCAAAUGAAUCACAUCAACUUAUACUAUUUCGAUCAAUUGCUAUGAUUAAAUAUGGUCAAUAUGUUGAAGUAAUACGAUUACUUCAUCAACAUCAUCAUGAUACAAUUAUUGGAUUUGCAGCAUCAAUAAUUCUUCGAACAGCGCAUUCUUUGCUCAAAAAUCCAGAUCGAGAAGAAAUAUCGGAAUUGGAUCAAAUUAUCAAUGAAGCAUUUAUUAAUGCAAAUGAUGAUGCAAGAUAUAAUGCAGCAAUUGCAUGCAUGUUACUUGAUAACAAUGAUAAAGCUUAUUCAAUAAUUGAAAAAACAAUCAAUUCUAGCAAUAUUCAAUGUAUUGUUUUGAAAGCAUGGAUUGAGCUAAAUCGUGGUAAAGAUAUAAAUAUUGCGCAAAAACUUUUUAAAAAAGGCAUUACAGCAGAAUAUCCUAAUGCAUACAUUGGAAUGAUACGUUUAUUGGAAAGACGACGAAAUUUAACAGAGUUACGUCAAAUUCUUCAAAUUUUAAUUAAAAAAGCUCCAACGUUUCUUCCGGGAUAUAUUGAAUAUUGCAAAGUAUAUUUGAUGUGCUUUGAUUGGGAACAUUGUAUGGAACAAAUACAACGAACUCUACUUUUACAGAAUGAUUGUUUACAAGUUCUUUGGUUUGAAGUGAUAAAUGAAUUGAUUAUAAAAGGUCGUAUAACAGAAAUGGAAAAUAUUUUGCAAAAUUUUGCUGAAGUAAUCGAGAAAAAUGAAUCAAAGAAUUAUCAGUUGCAUUAUAAAAUUGCACAGUUUAUCAUUCGAACUACUACAUUUGAUCAUCCAGCAGCUAAAUUUGCCAAAAAACUACUUGAUAGAGUAAUUUCGAUAACAAACAAUCAGAACUGUUUAUAUGAACAGAUGAGAUUAUUGUUACAAGGUGGAGAUUUUAAAGCAGCUGAAGCAAUUACAUUUGAAGCAUUAAAAGAUGAUUUUACUACGCCAAAUGAAUUAAUAUUAAUUGGUAUAGCACAAUGUUUUCUUGCAAAAGGUCAUAUGAAUGAUGCAAUAACUCAAAUGGAAUUUGUAAAAGUAACACAUCCAAAUAUCUGUCAAACAAGUUUAUAUAUUUAUGUGAUGGCAGUAUUAGAUAAAGAACAACAUAAACCAUUUGAACAAUUCUUUCAAAAAAUACAAAAUGCAAUAGAUGUACAUUUAUCAAUGUUACAGAGUGUUGUUUUUGGUCCAGAAUAUUUGACAUUACUUGAUCCAAACUUAUUAAUUGAUAUAGCAUUGCAACUUUAUGAAUUUGCACCAUUAACGCCAACAAAUUCAACUAAUGUUGUACUCAAAGAAAUUGAUAGAGUUUUGACAUUAGUUCAAAAUUAUUGUCCAGCAUUAUUAAUUGCUACAUAUCUGUUAGCUAAAGCAAAAUAUCUUUCAAUGAAUUUUACUGAAGCAAAACAAUUAUUAGAAUGUUGCAUUGAUAGAAAUGAUGCACCACCGGAAGCUCAUUUACUUAUGGCACAGAUUCAUUUUCACAGAAAUAACUAUGAAGAGGCUGGCAAAUGCUUGGAUAUUGGUUUAAGUAAUAAUUUCAAAGUUCGAGAGCAUCCACUUUAUCAUCUUAUCAGGGCAAAAUUACAAAAGAAUUCGAAACAAAUUGCUGCAUCGAUACAAACAUUACAGAAAGCAAUCGAAUUACCUUCAUUUAAAGCUAAUGAAUCGAGAAAACGUGAGAAUUUAGAGGUUAUUGAUGCGGAUCGUAUUGCAAUUUAUUUGGAAUUAAUGGAUUCUUAUCAACAACUUGGACAACUUGCAGAAGUUGACGAAGUGAUGAGAGAAGCGCGUAAACGUUGGACUGAUAAGACGGAACAGCAACAAUUUGUGCUAAUGGAAGCAAAUUUGAAAUUACAGCGCAAAGAUAUUAAUGGCGCAUUAGAGAAGCUUACAACUAUACCAGCAACCGAUGCUAAUUAUCAAAAUGCUCGAAUUAAAAUGGCUGAAAUUUAUUUAAAUGAAAAAAAAGAUAAACGAAAAUUUGCUCUGUGCUUUAAAGAGAUUGCACAAAAUAAUCCAUCACCAAUGGCAUAUGUAUUACUUGGUGAUGCUUAUAUGAGCAUACAAGAGCCAGCACAAGCAAUUGAAGUAUAUGAAACAGCGUUGAAAAUGAAUCCAAAAGAUGAUGUUUUAGCUGAAAAAAUAGGCCAAGCAUAUGUACAGUGUCAUUUUUAUACAAAGGCAAUUAAUUACUAUGAAGCGGCAUUGAAAAGUGGACGUAAACCAGUGAUGAGAAUGCGCUUGGCGGAAUUGUUAUUUCAGCUAGAAUACUAUGAAAAAUGUGAAAAAGUAUUACGUCAAGCGCUUGAUUCAGAUCAAAAUCCUACCGACAUUAGCGGAAUGAGUGAUCAUGUAUCCUACUGGUCUUUACUAUCAAAAUUACAUUUUGAAAAUGGUAAUUGGAAAGAAGCAACAACAGCACUGGAACGUGCACGUGAAAUUCAAUUAUCUAUAAUUUCAAAACCACCAGGCGAAGUUGCAAAUCUUAUUGAUGAGAAAAAACUUGCUGCAAAGAUAUGCUGUCAGCUAGCAGAAUUACAUUGGAAUCGACGAGAUGCUAAUAAAGCCAUUGAACUUUAUCAGGAAGCCAUUUUUUUCAAUAAUACUGAUAUUAAGAUAAUGACAGCACUUGCAAAUUUAUAUCUUUCACUUGGCAAAUUGGAUGCUUGCAAUACACAAUGUCAAUUAAUUUUAAACAUUGAUCGGAAUAACAAUGAUGCAACAUUAAUGAUGGCUGAUUUAUUGUAUCAAUCUAAUGAAGCUGGAAAAGCAACUAUUCAUUUUACACAAUUGCUUAAUAGAAAUCCAAAUCAAUAUCAUGCGCUAGCAAGAUGUAUAGAAUUGAGUUGGCGGAGAGGUGACGUGGAACAAGCGGAAAAAUAUCUUAGAAAUGCUCUUAAUAUGAAUCCACGUGCUACACUUGACGCUGGUUUCAAUUACUGCAAAGGACUUAAUGAAUGGUAUACUGGUGAUCCAAAUGCAGCACUGCAAGCAUUCAAUCGUGCACGACGUGAUCUGGAAUGGGGUGAACGAGCUACUUAUAAUAUGAUUGAAAUAUGUUUAAAUCCAGAUAAUGAAAUAAUUGGAGGAGGAGGAGGGGGAACGAUUGACUAUAAUCAAGAUUGCAAAACAAACAAUGGAAAUGAUCGAGAAAUGGGUACAAAGACAGCGGAAGGAUUUCUGAAGGAAUUACAAAACAGGCCUGGACUGGACUAUAAGUAUCGGCUAAUGGAAAAUUUCAUCUUGUUAAUGAGCGGUAAUCGAGCAAAUGUGCAACAGUCACUAACAAAUUUCCUUAGCAUGGCGGAAACUGAAAAUUCGGGAAUGAUAAGCGUUGGUGCACUUCUUGGUUCAGCUCGAGCUUAUUUAAUGUUAAAACAAAUACCAAAAGCAAAAGCUCAGUUGAAACGUGUACUUGGCCAUACAUGGACAUUAGAGGAUGCUGAUAACUUGGAGAAAUGUUGGUUGUUAUUAGUUGAUAUCUACAUUAAUCAAGGCAAACAUGAUCAAGCUUCCGAUAUAUUGCGAACUGUUUUACAGCAUAAUGCGAGUUCAAUUAAAGCAUUUGAAUACAAAGGCUAUAUUUGUGAAAGAGAGCAGAAAUGGGAUGAAGCGGCCGCAAAUUAUGAAGUGGCUUGGCGUUUAAGUAAAUGCAGGAAUCCAACUAUUGGUUACAAACUUGCUUAUAAUUAUUUGAAAUGUCGAAAGCUUUUCGAUUGUAUCGAAAUAUGCCAUCGUGUGCUGGAACUUUACCCAAAUUAUCCGCGAAUCAAACGUGAAAUUAUGGACAAAGCAAGAGCAAACAUACGCACAUGA